CAACGUCAUCACGUCGAUGUCGCGUCCCACCACAGACUCCCAGACAUGGCUGCCUACAUGGUCACUCCAACCCUACAAAGAGUUUUGUGUGCUGCAAAGCUGUCAUCAAUCCAGUACAGAUGCUGCGUGCUUGUCGGUCGGGCGCACUACUCCACGGUCUACAAUGCCAACGAGAAGACCUUUGAUAAGAUCCUCAUCGCCAACAGAGGGGAGAUCGCCUGCAGGGUGAUUAAAACGUGUAAGAAGAUGGGCAUCAGGACGGUGGCCGUGCACAGUGUUGUGGACGCCAGUGCGGUCCACGUCAAGAUGGCGGACGAGGCGGUGUGCGUAGGCCCCGCCCCCACCAAUAAGAGCUACCUCAACAUGGACGCCAUCAUGGACGCCGUCAGGACCACAGGGGCUCAAGCUGUUCACCCGGGGUAUGGCUUUCUGUCAGAAAAUAAGGAGUUUGCCAAGAGACUGGCUGCAGAGAACGUGACAUUCAUUGGGCCAGACACGCAUGCCAUCCAGGCCAUGGGUGACAAGAUAGAGAGCAAGCUGAUCGCCAAGGCUGCCAAGGUCAACACUAUCCCAGGGUUUGACGGAGUUGUCAAGACUGUGGAGGAGGCUGUGAAGAUAGCAGGGGAGAUAGGCUACCCAGUGAUGAUCAAGGCGUCAGCAGGAGGCGGAGGGAAGGGCAUGAGGAUCUCCUGGAACGACGAGGAGACCAGGGAAGGGUUCCGCUUCUCCUCCCAGGAAGCGGCGUCCAGCUUCGGAGACGAUCGUCUUCUCAUUGAGAAGUACAUAGACAACCCCCGACACAUCGAGAUCCAGGUGCUGGCUGAUAAGCAUGGUAACGCCCUGUGGUUGAACGAGAGGGAGUGUUCCAUCCAGAGAAGGAACCAGAAGGUGGUGGAGGAGGCCCCCAGUAUGUUCCUGGAUGCGGAGACACGCAGGGCGAUGGGGGAGCAGGCUGUGUCCCUGGCCAAGGCUGUCCAGUACUCCUCAGCAGGAACCGUAGAGUUCCUGGUAGACUCCACGAAGAACUUCUACUUCCUGGAAAUGAACACACGCCUCCAGGUGGAGCAUCCAAUCACAGAGUGCAUCACAGGAUUGGACCUGGUCCAGCAGAUGAUCCGUGUUGCUAAGGGUUACCCGCUACUCCACAAGCAGGAGGACAUCCCCAUCAACGGCUGGGCCAUCGAGAGCAGGGUCUAUGCUGAGGACCCCUACAAGUCAUUCGGUCUUCCCUCCAUUGGACGCCUUUCACGGUAUCAGGAGCCCCUGAACCUCAGCAAUGUAAGAGUGGACAGCGGCAUCCAAGAAGGAAGUGACAUCAGCAUCUACUAUGACCCCAUGAUCUCCAAGCUGGUGACAUACGGUGCCACAAGAGGGGAGGCCCUGAGCAGAAUGCAGGACGCUCUAGACAACUAUGUCAUCAGAGGUGUGACCCACAACAUCCCUCUGCUCAGAGAGAUCAUCACACACCCCCGCUUCAUCUCCGGGGACAUCAGCACCAACUUCCUGCCCGAGGUCUACCCCGACGGGUUCAAAGGUCACCAGCUGACAGCGGAGGGGCGCAGGGAGCUCCUGGCUGCCGCCUCCUCUCUCUACGUCGCCGCCCAGAUACGCGCCCAGAAGUUCCUGGGUAACCUCAGGGUGUCCACCACCGCCCAGGAGCGUCGCCAGUGGGAGCUGUGUGUGGAGGUGGGGGGAGAGACACAUACUGUGGCUGUGUCGCGGUCAGGGACCAAUUACACUGUGGAGGUGGGGGGGGAGAAGGUGGAGGUGGGGGGGGAGUGGAACCUGGCCUCCCCUCUGCUGCCCGUCACUAUCAACGGUACCACCCGUGUCCUGCAGUGUCUGUCCAGAAAUGCUUCAGGAGAGAUCACCCUGCAGUUCCUGGGCACCUCGUUCAAGGUGCGUGUCUUAAGUAAGCAGGCAGCCGCGCUGAGUUCCUACAUGCCAGAGAAGGUUCCAGAAGACACCAGCAGCCUCCUGCGCUCACCCAUGCCCGGUUCAGUUGUAGCCGUUUCCGUCAAGCCAGGAGACACGGUGGCUGAAGGCCAGGAGAUCUGUGUGAUCGAGGCCAUGAAGAUGCAGAACAGCAUGACUGCUGCCAGGACUGCCAAGGUGAAGAGUGUCCACUGUAAGCCUGGAGAGACUGUGGGGGAGGGAGACCUGCUGGUAGAGCUGGAGUAGAUGACCCCUGACCUGUGACAUCAUCACCACCUGGGUCCAGGAUCACAAAGACCUCAAUAGGAAGUGGAGGACAGAGGAAUGGGCUUAGGCAAAGACAGACAUGAGUAGACUAGACCCAACAUUCCCCAUUAGUUUUUUUUUUCCUUUUGUUGUUUUGGGUUAUUCCCUUUGGUACUCCCACCCUCCAGUAUCAAGCUACGGGAUUGGCUGGGAGGUUGUACGGUUCUCCAAUAACAAGGAUGUGUUCUUGUGCCUUCACCCUCAAAGAAGAAGGUUUCCAUGUGUCCAGCAUGUUACAUCAUAUCACGUGUCCCAUGUUGAACUGUUACGGUAAACUCUUGACCGGGGUCAGUUCAGUUUUAACUCCAAUUCAGGAAUAAAAUCAUUGUCGCUGGGCAGAUUGCUUUAAAGGAUGAUUACCAUUGUAUUAUAAUAGUCAACACACAAUAUAGCUGUAUGCAUAGACAGAUUUCUAUUACAGCUAUUGCAUUUAGCUAAAAUCUGAAUUGAACUGAUCCCAGUCCUUCAAUGUAAUGUGUAUUAAAACCCUUAGUACACAACUCCCAUAGCUGAAUGUUGACUCCAUUUACAAGGAAGUCUUUGCCUUAAAUAUCCAACCUAAUAGACACCACUGACGGGGGUGGGGGUUGUGUUUGUGUUUGUGUUUCCAUUUCUGUCUGAUUAUAUUUGUACAUUUUUGGGACAUAAUUAGAUUUUAAAAGACCCCUACCCAAACACACACACACACCCCUGGCCUGAAUUGUAUGUUGUCCCAGCCCCAUCGGGACCUAGCCCAAACGAUAUUCUGCCGUGUGUGGAAAUGGGAGGGGAGGGGGA